ACCCAAAAGCACCAGCCGAUGCAAAACAACCAGAAACUAAACAACCAGAGAAAGCACCAGAAGACGCUGCACCAAAGGAACCAAAACAAGAGGCGCCCAAAGAUAACCCUCCACCUCCAACUUUGCAAACGUGGUUAUUUGAAUAG